AUGGCGCCGACGCUGCUGGCGUCGGCCUUGGAGGGCGAAAUCUUGGCGGUCGGACGGAGCACCAGCUUGACAGUGGCAUUCAAGCCAAAUGCAACAAUGCACGUGGCCCACCACAUUCUGAUCUACGGCUGUCUGGAACCGGGCUACCGUGAGCAGGAUUCUCCGCGUGCGGUGUGGGACGUGGAGGAGAUGAGCAAGUCCAACUCAGAGUUCUUUCGAGGGCCGACCUGUGCGCGAGGACCUCAGAUCAUAUACGCAUGGGCUCGGGACGCUCCGCCUCUUUCACUUCCAGAAGGACUGAGGAUCACACAGGCUUCCAUUGAAUUUGGUGGCUUCAAGAUUGGCGGCAAUAGUUGGCAUCAAGUAUUGGUGCUUCAAGUUCAUUAUGCCGACACUACCGCAUUCCUUGACCCAAGAAAGACGGACAUGUCUGGUAUUGUCCUCUCUGUGUUGCCUGGAGACACACAGCUAGUGAAACGACGAGCUGGUAUUUACCUUCUGGGAACGGGAGGCAUGAUUCCUUCGCACAAAACGGAACACUUCGAAACUGCCUGUCUCAUCGACGAGAACUUGACCCUGUAUCCAUUUGCGUUCAGGACUCAUACACACAAACUUGGCAAGGCUGUAUCUGGUUAUGUUGUUAGAAAUGGCCGGUGGAUUAACAUUGGGAAGCACGACCCAUUGCAGCCGCAGAUGUUCUACCCUGCAAACAAGGGCAUCAAGGUCACCAAGGGCGACAUCUUGGCUGCCCGCUGCACAAUGUACAACUUCAGAAAUAGGCCGACCUAUGUUGGCUCCACGGGCAACGACGAAAUGUGCAACUUCUACAUGAUGUACUAUGUGGAUGGUGACAGGAUCCUUGACAAAAAGGACUGCUUUUCCUAUGGGCCACCAGUCUACUAUUGGGGCCGUGAUCCUCUCCUCGCUGACUCACUUACUACCCAGAUUGACAGAGAUGCGAGCACCCUCGAGUAACUUUUUCUCGCACCCUGGCAUGAGCCAUUGACAUUUCUGUGUGACCGGUCUUCUUGACUCCCGUUUUUCUCCCCACGAUUUGCCGACUUCCUGGCCAUCAUUUCUUAACUCCCACUUUGGCUCCAGCAACACUUAAGCUGGCAGUAGUAAGAAAUGGCUGGUUCAAAGGGUCUCAACUGUGAGAACAAACCUGCGCGGUCGUGUCAUCACUGACAUUGGCAGCUUAGCGGCUUGGUGUUUGCCCAACUCUCAAUGCUCGAGAUAGAGGAUCAGUGGACUUGUGUUGCAAGAGCUCUGCUUAUCGCUUUUCAAUUUUUAUUUUACAGAAUUAACUCUCUUAUUUGCAAAUGAGCCUGGACUUUAGUCUGUUCCCAAAAUUCCACCAAGUGGGAGGGCAAAUCGCGCUCUCAACUCAUUCAUCAAUCAACGUUCUCUGAUGAACAUCCUCAUAAUUGGGCACAUUCAGUAUUUACUUGGAGGAAAUGGAAUCAAGGGCUGAACUCUCAGCUGUAGUAAUUAGAGGGGAAGGUUUUUAAAGUUUGAUGAUUACUGCAGCCAUGUGACUGCAUUGUCGUUCUCAAAUCCGGGUCUUUCGCAUGUCUAAGUGCAAGGUAUUCGAGUGUAUUCAAACAAGACGAACGCACUUUGUUUAUUUAAGUCAUCCUUCAUUAUUUGUUCACUCACAGCUGUGCUCGUUUUCACUGUACUGUCACUUGUUACUUUCAACUAUGAGUACUCGUAUAUCAAAGAAUGCACCGCCAGUCUUGGUACUUGUCGGCGUACGUAUUGAUAUUUUUUUAUCCUUUGCUUACGACACCAUGAAAAGUAUUUCUUGAACCCACUGUGGUAGUUCAAUGGCUAUGUUGCACCGCUGAGCAAGAGGUUGUGGUUUCUAUCCCAACAGUGGCAACUGCAUUUGGUGGAGGCGAAAUGCCAAAACACGUGUACUUAGAUUGAGUUGUUUGUUAAGCAACCUCAGAUGGUCAAAUUUAAUGUGGAAUCUUCCCUUAUGGCAUACUUCAUAAUCAGAUUAUGGAUUUUAAAGUACUUUUUUUCUGAAAGAAUGCAAUGAUUUAGUUGCACGAACAUUUUUUUUUAACAAUGCCUCUGCUAAAUAAAAAUGUUAGCAAUGAAGAGCAGAGUCUGAAAAUGAAAAAGGGUUGAUCAGCUGAGAAGGGUCAAUGUAUUUCAUUCAAAAUUGAAAUCUAGCAAGAUGAACGAGACGAAAAUGGAUCAAAACAGAUAUGCAUGCAGAUACUUCUCACUUUGUGAUGUGUAAUCGACCCAUUUUCCCUCUUCCAGCCUCAUCUUCUUUCCUUUUAUUCACCCUAGCCUCUGUACCUGUAAUGAGAUACCUCAGAAUUUAUGCCUCUAACUGAGCUCAUUUCUUUUUCAACUAAAAAAAAUCCAAUCCAUGUUUCUUGUAAGACAUGCACUGAAGCAGGAACAUAUUUUAAAGCAGGUUCUCGUGUGUCAUUUAUUUUUUUUUAAAGAAAACCAAUCGCUUCUAAGUCUUUUUCUCUCUCCAUUGAAAUGAGCGUUUGCUUGCUUUCUUAAGCUCUCAGUUUUCAGUGACUUGUCUAUGUGUACAGUUGCCAUUGCACUCUAUACAAAGGCUACAUCACAGUAAGCUGCCUCAAGGUCAGGUCUGUGUGCAAAGAUAGAAUAUAUAUAUAUAUAUUUCCAAACUUGACAUAUUUUGUGGUUAACCUUGAUUGCUCCGAGGUGAACUUGUAGAACUGUUGUGAAUAGCGCCAUGAUCAAAGGGCUCGCAAAAUGAUGAAUCGAUGUGAGGGUAAUUUGUUCAUUUAACCUUGAAGCGGGGCUUCGCGGCAGUGCGGAUUUUCCCUGGAUAGGUGUGUUCACGAUAUAGCACUCCUUCACUGCAGUGAAACAACAUUUACAGGGGGUUACAUGCAGUUUGUCUAUUCGUUCAUUUCGAAUACUUCGAAAUUUAGAAUAAUUUAAAUUCGUUUCGAAGCGAAUUCGAAUACUGUAAUAAUCGUUCGAAUAUUCGCACAAGCCUAUUUACAGCGAGCCGCUGCAAAUUUUAGACUGAUGAAAGCUGUAUCUUGCGAGAUAGUACUGAAGAGCCAAGUUGGUUUAGUUCAGCUUUGGUUGCUAAUACAUUAGAUAUACUGUACUUAGUCAUUACAAAAAUAAUUACAGCUUGGAAGAAUUAAAGUAAAGCAUACCUAUCUAGAAUGUUGUGCAAUUCGAUUAUGCCACUUAUCUGCAUGAGAAAUGCACACCUGAACAGCUGUUGCACUGACAGUUGUGGAACGUUAUUCUACGCCUUUGGGGAAGACUAAGGUCUUGACAGAUCGUUGUUUGAAUGUUUAGGCUGUCAUGCAUCUCCCAUUCCCCUAUCCGGAACACAUGCAGCAAUCAAAAUACUUGCAAUCUCUACAGUUAAGAUCUUUGUUAGUGCCCUGUUGAAAUAUUUUAUCCUUGAACAUAUGUUGUGCAGUUACUUUUUAUGUUCUCUAUGGCAUGCUGUUUUAUGGUUAUUUAUGUGCUAGUCACUGCAUAUAUUCCAAACUACAGUACUUAACUGACAUUGAUGUACUCCAGUCUUUGUCGGAAGUACUAUACGAGAUACGUUGCGACCACCAUGGCCUUCUACAGGCUAUAGGGACUUUUUGUGAUACGCCAAAAGUCUAAACGUCCUGGAGACUGAAUGUUAUUGCUAAAAUGUUGAAAGUCAGAUCUGUUCGCUGUACUAUCGAUAUUUCGGCUUACAUGCAAGUUAUAUAUGUACACGUAGGCAUGAAGUAGCCCGUACGGUGUUUUUGACAAAGGCUGUAUGUACUGAAAUCGUUGUUCUUCUUAUGAGUGGUAAUUUUGAUAACUUAUUCUGCAUUGUUUUAUACAGUACUGGUAAUUAUUUGAGUUUUUAAAACCAUGAAUUUUGCAAAGAAGCAUCUAGAUGGAGAGGGGACCAAUGAAGAUGUUUACUACCAUACACUGCAAACUAAUUGUAUGUUCGGCUGGAUGCCACUGCGCUCUCACUUGAAUUGCAACGAUGCAGAGCCCGCUAUUGAUAAAAAAAAAACAUAUCCGAGUGAAACGUGCAGUCGCUCGCUAGAGCAGUUGGAGGCCAGAAGAGGAAGCAUGCAAUCACGUCUUCUCUUGCAAACAAAAGAGGCAUACAGGCGCUGAGGAACCGCUGUGCAAUCAGCUGCAACCGACAUCUCGCCAGAAUGUAAACUGCAGGAAUCGCCUCAUCAGAUCUUGGUCGCACUACCAGUUUGAGUGCAGUGCUCUGACAGAACCAGCUGAACAUAUUUAGAGAACUCGAUUUCGACUAGUUGAAUGUGGAGCGUGUCACCAGAGCACUCUGGAGCUACUGAAAAGAACCAGCUGCAUGUACCAUAAGCGGUGACAUUAAGAUGUAACUGGACUUUCUAAGUCCAGCAGCAACACAUAUUCUCUGUAGCAACACCUUUUGCUCGAUUGAAUGAAAGGUUUGUGUAAUUAUGCGAGGUUCUGAUUCGUUGAUCUGAGUUGUUCAUAGUUUGACCAAAAACAAACUGACAAACUGUUUCACCAAGCUGUUUGAUGCUGGUAGCAAUGCACUUACCAUAUUGUCCCCGUGAUCUUUAUAAUUGUGUGUCAUCUUUAUAAUUGUAUGCCUUUUAUGUCCAGUACACUCCAGUAAAUACAUUCCAAGAAGCUUUGUAGUUCAACUAUGUGUAUUACAAAUGUCAUUCCUUCCCAUUUACGAAUACUACUGUGAAACUGACAACUCUUAUUAUUUAAGCUGUAAUCCGAAACGUAACUGUGCAUGUUGUACAUAUGCGACUCGUGCCCAUUCCCCUGUGCUCUUCAUGUUAGAAGUAUAAGCAGUAGUAAAUCUUAUCUGUUGCACUGUCGUUCAUGUGUUACGUGCCUGUAGCUCUGCAGAACAUUUGACAAGUGUAAUUGAACGUGCUGGGAAAUCUGCCUCCAGCUUGAGUUAUUAUAUAACUAUUUGCUUGACCUCAAUUGUUUUGAAAAAAAAAAAAAUGGUUUGUUUUGGAGAAAUGUAUGUUCUGCUGGUCAGCCAGAUCAUCAUUUUCGUAGACACCACCAAGAAUGGCAAUUUGGGCUAGUUGGUUAAAGUGUAUUUUUAAAGGUGUUUGCAGCGCAAGCACGUUAAGUGCUGAAGGAAAGGCGACACAGUGGAGGAUGGAAGGCAAAGAGGCGCUUGUGUACGUCCCUCUUCGCCCUCUGUCCUUCACUGUGCUGCCUUUCCUUCAGCACUUAAGUGCUUGCGCUGCAAACACCUUUAAUAAGACACCACCAAGCUAUCACAUAUUGUGCUUGUUUAUUACCAUUCAGAUCUCGCAUGGCAAUAGCAUCCUGCAGUCUGUUUUGUACAGUAACAAAUUUUGACUUUCAGUGCAGAAAUUAGAAAACCAAUAUCGUCUUAUCUCACAUAGGGGCAAAUAUAAUGGUGAAAAUGGAUGGACACAAUGUAUAUGUCUCCAGAACAUGCCUACUGCUAGUUGUUGUGUUAGUACCACUUACCUGCAAUCAAGAAAAUUGAUGAAACACUAUGAAAUAGACAGCCAAGACAAGACGUUAUGCCACAUCGCUUGUCAAGUUGGAUGCUAGGGCUCCAAAUGACAGUGGCCCGUUGUUCUUUUCUUUUUUUAGCGGAUGAACCAGAGAUCAUGUAUCUGUGAGCACUUUGUCAGACAGCACUCUUGCGCCCUCUGAUGAAUCGCACACUUGGUAUCCACACAUGGAAUAAUAUAAACAUGUACGUCCUUUAGUGUUUGUUUCACUGCCAAUAAACCUUGUUUGAUCUGGCAAGCUUGCUAUCAGAAUUGUGAUGAGUUACACUAGAUGAGUGGUGCCCAUUUCGGCUGGGGGGUGUGUGUGGUAUCACACUUCAUUAUGACAAACACACAGCCCUCCUAGCAUAGUAUUGCGUUAAUUGUAAUUAUGAUAGCAAGAUGGCCAGAAUGAAGCACAUAGAUGACAGCACAGGCGAUAACAGCAUCAAACAAGAAGGCCCAAGAAAUCUGAUGAGUUAUCAGUCUACUAAACAGCUACGAAACCCGUGUUUUUGUUGCUUUAAUGUACAUAGUCUUUUCUGUGUUUUCAAGACAAAUUAAAGACAUACAUUGUAUCAGGACUUGUAGUUACGGUUUUUUGUAUAGGUUAUGGCCAAACCUGACUUGUAAAAUGUUAGAAGCUACACGUGAAUUGCACUUACAAGUGUUGAAAACUUGUGGGAUCCUGUUUUGUGGCACUCCACCUAUUCACCACUGCUUUUUCUUGCUCGCUAAAUUUAGCAAGCUAUGUCAAUGGGAAAAAAUGGAUACUGCCCAUGGCUGUUUUUAAACAUUGAUAGGAUCUUGUGGCAGUUUUGCAAGCUCAGAAGAAUGCGCAUGUGCAAUGUGUGUGCUUAGACAAGGCAUUGCUAUGUCAGAAUGUAAAAGAAUGCAGUCUGGCAAUGUGCACACAGAUAGUGCAGUUUCUGUCCUCACCUGUCAAUAAUAGAUUGGAAAAUCUGAACCACAGCACAUUUUCAAUAUGAAAAUGUUUGAAAAAUGCGAGUAUAAACAUCCAAGCUGCGGUGUGAAUUAUUUCAUAAGCAUGUAUUCUGUGAAACGAUGCGCUUUGACUGCAAAGGCAGUGCUGUUAGUAUUGCAGUGCAUGUGAAUCAUUACAGCAAGCUUUAAGAGAAUGUGCACAAUUUUACACACCCUGUUUCGCUUGCUGUUUGUAUCUUGUUAUGCCGAUUGUGAAAAUUGAUGGCUCAAAUGGCAGAUAACAAGGCGGUAACAAUCGUUAACACUUGUGAUAGUUAUUGUGAUUGUAAUUUCUCACACCCAGAUUACUAUGUAUAUUGUGUCAAGUUCAUCAGUACCACCUAUGACGAGUACAUAUGUGCAAUCAAAAAUCUGUAAUAAAUUUGGAUCUAGCAAAAGA